GUCGCGAGCGAGCAGCAGUGUGUGAAUGUGGCAGCGAGGUGAACAGGGAGGGGUGCUCACACUUCGACUCCUUUCUUUACACAGUUUUUUAAUCCACGUACACCACCGUUAAUUUCCGGUUUGUGUGCCGGCUCGGCGGUGAACUUCUCCGCGGGGGCAGAAACCUCGUCCUGCCGCUGUAUUUUUCUUCCUCCUCCUGGAGUAACCCGCUGCCGCUAGCCGAGGAAACAGCCCCGAAGAAAAGAAGGAGAAACAACAUGGGGCGAUGAUAAAAGAAGAAGAAGGUGUUGCGUUGUGAACCGACGAUGACUCCCUGGGGGGACCCGUGAAGCCUAUUUAUUUUUAUUUAUUCCCCCCCUCUCUCUUCCCUUUUACCCCCUUUCUUUUUUUUUUAUUCUUCUCGUUUUAUUUGAACGUGUUCUCCUCCCGUGUUUCUCUGUGGAGAGCUAUUAGCUUAUUUAUUUUUUUGCGGGGAGGAGAAGGCGAACCAGGACUGGAGGAUGGAGCAAGCCGGCAUCCUGAGAAAGUUUAUCCAGGGGGUGAAGGCCAUGAGCGAGGGGGACGAGGACAGGGGAGAGGACAACUUCGGCAACGACUUCAUGCGGUUACGGCGGUUAUCCACCAAAUACCGGACGGAGAAGAUCUACCCCACCAAUGUAGGAGAGAGGGAAGAGAAUGUAAAGAAGAACAGAUACAAGGAUAUACUGCCAUUUGAUCACACUAGAGUGAAGGUGAUGCUAAAAACAUCCAAUCAGGACACAGAUUACAUCAAUGCUAACUUCAUCAAGGGUAUGGAUGGCCCAGAGGCCUAUAUCGCAACUCAGGGCCCGCUGCAGAACACUGUCAUCGACUUCUGGAGGAUGAACUGGGAAUACAAUGUCGCUGUUAUUGUAAUGGCUUGUCGAGAGUUUGAGAUGGGAAGGAAAAAGUGUGAGCGGUAUUUCCCGCUGCUGGACGAGGAGCCCAUGAGUUUUGGUCCUUUCAGAAUCUCCUGUGAAUCAGAACAAGCCAGAACAGACUACUUCAUCAGGACGCUGACAGUAGAGCAUGAAAAUGAAACUCGGAGGUUAACUCAGUUCCAUUACAUGAACUGGCCGGAUCACGACGUCCCCUCGUCGUUUGACUCCAUACUGGAUAUGAUCGCACUAAUGAGAGAAUACCAAGAGCACGAUGAUGUCCCUAUAUGUAUUCACUGCAGUGCAGGCUGUGGGAGGACGGGUGCAAUCUGUGCUAUCGACUACACAUGGAACCUCCUAAAAGCUGGGAAAAUUCCAGAAGAUUUUAAUGUUUUUCGGUUGAUCCAAGAAAUGAGGACGCAGCGGCACUCUGCUGUUCAAACCAAGGAGCAGUACGAGUUAGUUCACAGAGCGAUCUCUCAGCUCUUUCAGAAACAACUGCUGCUACUGGAGGGCUCCACCAGCACGCAGAUACACGAUGGCAUGGAUGAGAGCAGUCCGGACAAGGUGAGCCACCAGUCAGACGAGGAGAGAUGGGACACGCCACCCCCGAAACCGCCCCGCAUACGCAGUUCCCAGGCAGAAGGCGAUGUGAAGGAGGAGAUUCUCCAGCCCCCGGAGCCUCACCCCGUACCCCCCAUCCUGACCCCCUCUCCCCCCUCAGCCUUCCCCACCGUCACCAACGUACGGCAGGACAACGACCGCUACCACCCCAAACCUCUCAUUCACGUCCUGGCUACCACAAAGCAAAAUGCAACACAGAACAAAGGCGUGGACCAGCAGCAGAACCAGUCUGAGGCCAGUCCAAACAAACAUACCAGUCCCUCCGAGCAGAAAGACCAAGAUCUACAAAGUCAAAAACAGCAAACCCAGGUCUCAAAUCUAGAUCUCAACGACAACUACAACAACAAGUUGUCUUCAGCAUCAACAAAAUCCGAAUCGGGCCAAAGCCAGACUCCCUCCUCGCCGCUCUCCCCUGCAGUUGAAUGUGCCGGCGCUCCUCGAAUCGAGAGGAAACUCAGCAUCGAGAUUAAAAAGGUGCCGCUGCAGGAAGGACCUCGCAGCUUUGACACUUCCUCCUCGAUGGGAGUAGCAGGCAGCGGCUCAACCAACAGCACGAGCACGCUGCAAAGAGGCCACGCCUUCAAAGCCCGCUCUGGCCAAUCCCUGCUGACGUCGAGCUCCUCGCUGUCGGAAGACUCGGGCACGGAGGGAGGAGCAGGCGGGGAGAGCCACGCAGACGGAGGCGUCCUGGUCAGACCGAACCACCUACCCGUGAAGAGCGGAGAGAAGGGGGAGGUCCCGGGAGGGGAGAGGGUGGAGGUGAAGGCGUGCCACGCGCCGUGGGCUCAGGCCUGCAGCAGCCCGGAGAAACAGUUCCCAAAGACGUCCUCCUCUUCCUCCUCCUCAGACCGAGUUGCUCCCUCUUCCUCCUCCUCCUCCCACCUCUCCUCCUCCUCCUCUUCCUCCUCCUCCACUCCAGUUAGGACUGCCCUGAGUUUCACCAACCCCCUGCACUCCGAUAACUCGGACGAGGAGGGGGAUGGAGAGAUGUCCGGAGGAAAGGAGGGCUUCCGCACUAAUGUAUCCAUGGCGACGGCCACAGUAACUACAUCCCAUCACCACGGAGACCAGCCACCAAUCAGGAAGGUGCUGCCAAUGUCGAUCGCAGGGCACAGCUCCCCAUCGCCCCCUGCAACCACAGCAAACCUCUUCAGACACAGACGGGACAAUGGUUUUCUAAAAAGCAGUAUCAUACAAGACUGCUGGGACAGCGACGACUCCCCUCCCCCCCUCCCUGCGAGAACCCCCGAGUCCUUCAUACUGGCCACAGACCCUCUGGAUGUGAGGACGUCGGCCUCAGCUGAUUGGAGGGGCUCACCCACAGACGUGUCAGACCGCGUUAAGAAGACAUCUCCGGCUGACCCUGCAUCUGCCACAGGAACCGACAGCAAGGCAGACUUGGGGUUCGGUAACCGCUGCAUCCAGCCCAGAGGCCCUCGAGAGCCCCCCCUGGAGUGGACAUGAUGGCCGUCUGCCCGUCCUCCCAACAGUGUCCUCGCCUGUCAGGAGACGGAUUCUGCUGGUCACACCUGGCUGGUCCAAAAAAAGUUGAUAGAUGCUACCCAGACAGACAGACAGCACAGUGUUACAUAGAAGGGCCUUCUGUGUGACUCUGUGCCAACAGCUUGUCGAGACUGAGCGCCUCCUCCUCCUCCUCCUCCUCCUCAGUCCUCCUUUCAAAGUGCCACUGUGCAGAGCAGAAGAACACUCACUGUUUAAGUGGCUUGUCCAUUUUUUGAACAAAGUCCACAUUUUCCUGCUCAGCUUGCUGAUGCUAGAGGUUUUGACUUCUCGACACGCUGACCUGGGAUCAGUCUGGUUAUUUCCCUGUUAAUGGUUAAAGCAUAAUUCCUCUUUUUUUAUUUUAUUUUGAUGACUUGAGAGUAGAUUAAGAAAUGGUCUUGUUUUUUCUCUCUGAGCUGUGGACACAUCAUGAAGAUUUGUCCAUUCUUAAGAUGAAUGAAGAGGAGUGUAGGCGUAACCCUGACGUGUUCAAAUGAAAAGUGUUCCCCUCGAAUUAUGAGGAAAAAAUACUUUGUUUCAUACCAAAUGAGAAAAGUAACAGUUUGUGUCCUCAAUCAGGAAUUAUCUUUAAUCACAAAAGCUACUGUGGGAAGCUGAUGCCCGAGGUGUGACUGGACUCCCAGGUGUCUGCUUCCUCCUACUGAGUGAACAACAAUCUUCAAAGCGACCCAAGAUAAUCUGUUACCCAUGAUGCAACCUUUUCUGUUGGGUAUUUACAGGUUGCCAGGGUGCUCUCUCUCUUUCUCCUUCUCUAUAGCUCUUCCUCUUUCUGUGUGCUGGUGCUACAUUAUAAAGGAUCAUCAUAGAAACGUAAAGAUUAGAGCUGCCCUGCGUUAGCUGCAGUAGCGUCGGCUCUAGUCUCGCACAUCUCUAUGCUGUUUACCAGAGUAAAUGAGGCUGACGUGGUUUGGUCAUUGAAGUCGACUGUCGAGCUUAUUGGCUCCAGAAUCCUGCUUUGUGGCUUUUGAAUGACUUGUUGAGCAUUUUUGGAAGUUUGGAGUUAAAUGAGGACAUCACAGCUGUAAUCUGAUUAUUUUCCACCUGUUGAUUGGAGGUUGUUGCCUCUACACCCCCGAGAUUGAUCCAGUGAUAUCAUAGCUGAAGCACUAGCUUAAGAAUUUGUGCCCAGAAAAUCUGACGUCCCUGUUUCUAGUCAAAGCCGGGUUAUCACUCGUUAUGAAUGACCAAACACCUCGUCAGCCCCGUGACUCUGGCUCUCACUGCUGGGACCAUGAGCCCCCUCCCUUCCUCCCUCCCUCCCUCCCAUAGAAGACAGUCCUUCCUAAUUUGGCCCUUUCUCUUUAGGUAAUUUCCCUCCAUGUUGUUGUUUGGGCAUCUCCUGGUCUUAACUUGAGACUCAUAUUUGCUGUUUUAAGUUUCUGUCGGCGCCUCUCUGUUCUCAUUCUUGUCGGCCCUCAGAUGAACAACCAUUCAAGUUUUCGCUCCAGCAGCCGGUUUACUCACAGCAGACCUCAGUGUUUGGGAAUCUAGUGAAACUCUUAAAAUCCAAAUGCAACUUGUUUGGUUUCUCAUCUGACGGCCAAGUCGUUAUUCACCUGCUUCUGCAUUCAUGAGACAAUGAUCCAAUCAGACCUAAGCAGCAAGGGACCCAGGACUACUGUUUUCUCCAGCUUUGAAUUGAACUCUGCUAACUUCUCCUCCAUUAGCUACCGUAACUAUACAGUAUAUGCAUUUUUUAUAAAGAUAAAGAUCUGUACAGGGCAGUUUAGGUAUAUAAUAUUUCAGAUUUUUGUUUUUGCUUAAAUAUUAUUAACAGAAGAUGUAAGAAAGUCAGUGCAUGAUGAUGAUUCCUCCCCUCUACACGAUGUUUCCCUUGAAACUGUAAAUUAUUCUGCUGCCCUUUUGUUUUUCUCCUCUGUCAAAUGUUUCAGGGUUGUUUUAUUUUGUACUUUUAUGUUCUAAUUAUAUUCUUAAAAAUAUUGAUUUUUUUGGUUUAUCUUUAAAUCGGUUGGCAGAUGAAAGGCAAAGACUGCCAGCUGGUCACAUUCAAAUAGCAACAACGGGCUCCUAAUAAGAUUGUAAUAAUAAUAUUAAUGAUGGCAAUGAUGAUAAUAAUAAUAAUAAUGGUCUUUUUUUUUUUGUUGUAAAUGCUAUUUUAAAGUUAUUUUUGUAUACGCGGUUGUUUGAUGCAUCACAAGUUCACUGCUCCUCAUCCAAACCUCUCUUUAAUCUCUCUGCCUCUCCGUCUUUUCCCUCUUCACACGUUUUCAGUCCCUCAUAGAUUCUGUUCUUCCAUCCCCAAUUUCUCUCUUUCAUCUUCCUCCUCUUCCAUCCUCAUUCAUUCGCCUUUUUACCUUUUGAAAGGCUGCCGUCUUCAACGCAUCUGCUCACUUUGGUAAUGCAUCUCAUAACUUGUCGGCGGUUCCAAAACAAAAUACGCCCUUUGCUCGGUAACGUGAGAGGAGUUUUUCUUUUUCACAUUAUCCAUCUUUUCCUCAGCUUUCCUUUUCUUUCCGUUUAACCAUGUCUCUCUCUCCCCGCGUCAGCCGCACACUCGCCUCGAUCUCAGAAAAAGAGCCCACCUGUGCCUUUAAGAGAGAGCUUGCCCCUCCCCUCGUCCCCUCUCCUCCAAUCAUCGUGAGUGGCGUGAGCGGGACUGAUAUGAUUCGCUGCUGCUUGCUCAUCGCCUCCAGUGGGACUCUCAUUCAGCCACGCCCCUUGUCCUCUUCCUGUCACACACACACACACACACACACACACACUUACUCCCAAAAUGUUUGUAUGUUGCAGAAAUCAAUCAGUAAAAAUGAAAGUCAAGUAAU